AACUUCUUCGAAUUCAAACACUUGUAGACCUUGACUAGAAAUGUCCGACAAUGGUGCUGCGCUAGCUUAAAUAGCGAGCUCAAAUCUCGUCUUCUUCAUCCCAAAGUUCACCUUUCUUUUCCAUCUUCCUAAGAAGACCUCAUCAUGUCUAACAAUGCUAGCGCCACUACGUCAGUGACAACCACACCUCCCCGCAAGUCCGAGUCUGGCUUGCCCGCCGACCUCAAGUCCACCCCACACGCAGUCGGCUCUGCUGUUGUCAGCGAACACAUCGAGACUGUGGGCGUCGACGUCAGUGAUGUCCGUCCAUGGAUCGCGCGUGACGUCAAGAACUUCAAGCGAUGCGGGGCAGACGAAAUGCUGCAGCGGCUUCUGGAAAUGUGCGCAGAUCCCAACCAGUCCCUUCCUCCCAGUCAGAAGUCCACGUUACUCGAUACCUCCCUCGAGGCUGUCCUGCACCUCUGCAAUGGGACAGGUGUGGCGCAGAAGAUCAAGCAACACUUGACUAAAUUUUGUACUAUCGAGAACGAAACCCCGUCUUACUCUGAAUUCGUCGAGGCUGCCAACCUUGCACUUCGUGAACUGAGGAAGGUGGACGUAGCUGGAAUACCUGCUUUUCAAAACGACGAUGAAACCAACAUCGUUUUUCAUGUGAAUGAUCCAUCGUUCAUACACCAAAAACAUCAAGGCGAGAAGUCCAGCCGCAAGCCGGACAUCGUCGUCGUUUCUCACCAGACUGCCGCGGAUAUCAUACCGGAGGGAAAAUCCAAAAAUGUUUACAAGUCUGCGUGCAAGGCGCCCACCAAAAACCAUGAAAACUUCCAGUGGGUGAACGUCCGAACGACAUUUGAGUUUAAACGCCCGAAGCCACGUCUGCCUCUUCCGCCGUCUGCUUAUACUAAGGACUACGUGGCUCCUGAUGUCCUAUAUAUCGAAUACAUGAAGGAAACGGACGCGUCCGAUUCGUCAUCUGACUCAUCCAGUCAGUCGACGGACUCAUCCGAUCUGUCAACGGACUCAUCCGAUCAGUUAACGGACUCAUCCGAUCAGUCAAUGGACUCGUCCGAUCGGUCAACAGACUCGACGUCUACCACUGGUACUGCUCAGAGCUCCCACAGUAACUCGAAUGAGGCCCAUCGACUCAGAAGCAACAAACGCGGUUCCGAACAUCUACGCUCAAACGAGCCGUCCACCAACAAACGAUCCAGGCAGGAUGAAGAUAGGUCAUCCGAGCAGGAGGAGAGGAGGAACAAGAAAAAGAAGAAGGGUUCGUAUAAACCUCAUCCUGUCAUCCAGAAUGGUUUGUAUGUUGCGGAGAUGUUCGCAGCUCAUACGGCGCGCCAGCACGUCAUCUCGUUUAUAGUUAACAACGAUAUCAUCUAUCUCUGGUGGUUCGAUCGUCAGCACGCGAUUCAAUGCGCUGGCAUCAACUUCGUUCAGGACCUUCCACGCUUUGUGGUCUUGCUCUUCAUCUUGCAGCGCAUGGGAUACAAGCAGUGGGGCCUCCACCCGUUGUUCGAACCUGAACCUGGAUAUAAAGGCAAGAUUAUUGUCGAGUACGAGGACGACACGGACAAGGACGGCCAGGAUAAGAAGGGCCAGGAUAAGAGGAAGCGCGUCGACCUUACGCUGGAUCUGAGGUCUGAGAAACGCGUGACUCAUUUCGGUCUACGGGGACGUGCAACCACGGUCUUUCCCGUAACGAGUAAGGCGCUGUCGGCUCUGCCGCGGCGUUCACAUUUUCGCAACAAAACCAACGAAUUGGUUGCCAAGCUCUUCUGGCCAGAAGAGGCACGCCAGAGUGAGCCCGAGAUCCUCGAAGAGGUCUACAAGAUUGCGAAGGACGAUCUCGAUGUGCUGGGCCAUGUUCCAGAGAUGGUCUGGUUCCACAAGUUCGAAGACACGUCCACAGCGAUAAUCAGAAAGGCGCUAGGGAUAGACGAUGCGGGCAGCAGGGUCCUAUACAUCAUUGUAUUCAAAAAGCUUGAGCCAAUCACGACCCUGAGCGGUGAAAAGUUUCUCCUCGCAUGGUGGCAAGCCGUCAAGUGCCAUCGCGCGCUCUGGAAGAGGGGGGUACAUCACCGCGACAUCAGUCCCAACAAUCUCAUGGGAUACCGCUUACGCGGUCGAUUUAUCACCGUCCUCAAUGAUUUCGACUUAUCGUCGAUCGAAGAUUUGUUGUCCUCGAUUCAAGGCGGUCCCAAAGGCUUCGAGCGCACAGGAACGGUACCGUUCAUGGCGUUAGACCUUCUUAAGCCAGAAGCCAUCGCAGGCCAAGUCGAGCACGUGUACCGUCACGAUGCUGAAUCCUUCAUCUGGGUUCUCGCCUGGAUCUGCCUUCGGUAUAGAAAGGGCAAGCUUCUCAGGAAGGGCAGACCAUUGGAUGAAUGGCUGACGGUAGAUGCCAUGGGAUGCCUCAAAGAAAAAUCGUGUUUUUUGACAAUGCUGGGGACGGUGCGUCCAACGGGAUCGCACGAAAAGAGUUUCAAAGUCGCCUUUGAUUGCUUAGACACAAUCAUCAAAUCAUUUAUAAGCCCAACCGUGCCCAUUCCAGAGGACGAUGAAGCAUUCAAGAUAUUGCUCCAGAACCACGUACCCCAGAAAAUACUUCGACGCAAAAUUUCUCUUUGAGAUGAGGCAGCGGUGAUAUUACAUACUAUGUUGUAGAU